AUGGGUGAUAAAUAUCAGUGUGAUUUCCUGUUGGAUCUUUACUCCCAUUUGAAGGACUAUGAGACUAAAACAGGCCUGAGUGUCCUUCCAUCAUUACAGUCAGUUCUUUUAGCUCCUGCAGUCUGGUCCAUAAACCUCUCAGAGAGAAAGACCUCCAUCCUCCUGGAAGUGCUGAAACUCCAACCAGAGAAGAAACAAGUGGAGCUGACAGGCUGCUCACAUGAAGAGAGUGAAGUGAGGAGUUUCCUUCAGUGUCUGCCUUAUAUCUCACAGCUCAGCGCUGGUCCAGAGUUCUUCCAGAGAGUGUGUACAUCCAUCUCUGUCAGAUCCAGAGAGGAGGCCCAGCAGCUGGAGUCUCUGCUGCAGCUCCUGGGGUUCCAGCUGCUGUUAACAGGACAGUUACACAGGAGAACCUGCUGCUCUGUGGGCAGAGUUCUCAAACUGUGUGGCUCUAAAGUGGAUCUCAUCCUCACACCCAGCAAGAUGUCUGUCAGAGGAGCCGCUGUCCUCUUUAGACACACAACACCGCUGCACAGUCUGAGGCUUUCCAUCGGCAUGUCCUUGCUCCUGUCUCAGUGGGUAAGAAGAGGCAGAGUGGUCUGUCCACUGGCUGUUGAAGAGCUUUCUCUGGUGCCUGAGAAAGUCCAACCAUCAGAGAGAGUAUUGCUGAGGGCUGUCAGUGGUUUGGCUUCCCUGCUGAGAUACUGGACCAUCGGACGGUUAGACCUGACUGAGACCUGCAUCCCUGCUCAGUGUCUCAUUACACUGCUGCUUCAUGAUGGUCCUCUAACAAUCAGACUGAGUGAAAAGAACUUCCAGCAGCUUCUGGUCCUCCUCCAUGAAAUCCAGGACAAGAACUUGACUUUGUCCUUCUUGAGUAAGCUUGGUGGAGACCUGAGCUCCUGCUGUCUGAACUGGGAGCUUCUUCUCUAUCUGCUGCAGCAGUCGUCAGCUCAGACCAUCACUGUGGACCUGAGGAAGAACCUCUUCUUACAGGAGGAAACCACACGUCUGCUUCCCUUUCUGGACAGGAUUGUGUUUAAAAGGUGGUGA